GAACAUUAUUUGUUUAUAACAAUGAAAAAACAACAUAUGGGUUUAUUGGAGAAAGUUGGUAUGAAUUAACAGAAAGUGGCUGGAAAUCGGUAAUUGAUAAUGAAAACCUUAAACAACAAUUUGUUAAUUCUAUGUUCAAAGAUUAUGAAAAUCUUAAAUUAACAUUACAAGAAACUGAAACUAAAGUUAAAAUUUUAGAAGAACAAUUACAAA